CAACGUUACGGCUGAUUCUGUUCUGGGAAAACACUCGGUGCUCUCUGCUGGGGCUCAUUUUAUAACAUUAUCCCUUAAAGUAAAUGUUAUUAUCUGAGAAAUGCUUACAACGUUUAUUAAGACUUAAAAUAGGCCAAUAAGUGUGCAAUCUAGCAGAUAAACUAACUAUAGUCUAUGUGUGAGUCGGUGUCGGCGCAGUGAACUCCACGCUUGUGGUUCAUUGUCUUCGUUCAUCCCUACAGUGAGAGAGUCCCGUCCCUUCAGUUCAGUGGGCGUGGUGUGUGUGUGAGUGAGUGGGAAAACAAACAGCAGACAACCAACAGCACUUCCUACAUCUGCGUACAACUCGAGCGUUUCUUCCCCUCAUCUCGCGCCAAGCGUCUCUCCUGCGCGUAGUGUUUACAGCGAGUCCUGCUGAGCUCAGUGGACGCGUCCCAUCAUCACAGCGUCCACACCGCAGCCCUACACGCGUUCAACAUAGAUGGACCCGCAUCAUCUGAGGACUUCAGAGUGAUUUUACUGUUGUGAUUGUGUUUUUCUUUUUAUAAAAUGAGCGGAGGGGAAAUCAUCUGUCAGGGAUGGUUGAGAAAGUCGCCACCCGAGAAAAAGCUGCGGAGAUAUGCGUGGAAGAAGCGGUGGUUUAUUAUUCUUAGUGGGGGGAUGAUGGGAGGAGAGGAUGUUGUUGAUAUUACUAGAAUGAUCCAUGCCAAAAAGCCCAUUCGCAUCAUCGACCUGCACUGCUGCGAGCAGGUGGAACGCCGGCCUCUCACCUUCAAAGGGUUAGAGUUCAGUUUUGUUUUUGUGUUCGAGAUGGACGAGAGAACCUUCUACAUGGUGGCAGAAACGGAGGAGGAGAUGAACCGCUGGGUGCGCUCCAUCUGCCAGCUGUGCGGAUUCAACCAGUCAGAGGACAACCAUCACGAUGACAGAUCGUCAACCACCCACAUUUCCCGAUCCUUGGCUAAUGAUCUGGGUGGCUCUCUGGCCCCGCUGAUUGGUGAACGUAAAACGUCUGUUCCUGCCCACUCCAGCCAGCCAAUGCUGUUCACAUUUGACAUACCUGUACGCCACUCCCAUAGUUCUUUGUCUAAUAGUGCUCCUCAGGACUACCUCUUCCUCCAUCAGUGCAUGAGCCGCAAGAGUGAGAGUGCACGGAGUGCCAGUUUCUCACAGGCCUCGCGCAGCAGUCUUCUGGUGGGCAGUGACUCAGCGGUUCAGAGACUCACUCACGGUUUCUCUAACUGUCUGAACGGCAUGGGCGCCCAGCUUCACGGUUUCUACAGCCUUCCCAAACCCAGCAAGCAUCAGCAGCCCCCUUCACGGACUGACUUGCGUGACGCUUGCUAUGUUCUGCCCAGGGGUUACAGCUCAGAAGAGGCGUCAGAGCUCGAAUCAGAUGAUGUCUACACCUAUAAAACCCCCAAUAACACUCUAGCAGCACCCCUAACCAAUGAGCAGCGGGCCCUUGAUAACUAUGAUUUACCCAGCAUUCCUGGCUCCAUCUACCAGAUCCCCCGCACGUUUGAUAAGAACCACAAUGCCCUGAUGCCAUCCAGUGCCGACUCCACGAAUGCGCCUCCUCCCAGACCUCCCAAACCCAGUCAAAAUGGAGAGGUCGCCACAGUGUCCGUCAUCCCCAGGAGGAACACACUGCCGGCGGUGGAGAACAUCAAGCUUUACAGAGGAUCAUCUUUUGAGACCAGCAGUCACCAAAGGCCAGUCUAUUUCAACAAUUCUGGUCAGUCAGUGGAGUCUGUAAAUGAUGGCUUCAGCUCAUACCUGAGAACUAAAGCCCCAUUGACCCGCUCCGAUAGUGCCGGCUCUGAGGAUAACUAUGUACCCAUGAAUCCAGGCUCAUCCUCCUCCCCUCUCAGUGCCGCCCUGGCUGACAGUCCUAAAAGUAAUUAUAUUCCCAUGAGCCCAGGUCCUCACCAUUUUGAUUUCCCAGGAUUUUCAGCAACGUUGCCAGCCAGGAAGGGCAGUACAGCAUCACUAUGUCUCCGGCCCGGCCGACUCAGUGACGUCACACCGCCACCGAUCAACCGCAACCUUAAACCCAACCGGACGUCAAAACCAACACCUCUUGAUUUAAGGAACAAUGGCAUCAUUGAUGAACUUCCCUUCAAGAGCCCCAUCACCAUGUCUUGGAUCAGACCAACGCCUGUGAACUCCAUCUCGUCACAGCCCUGUCGGCCCAUUUCAACCCAGAGCAUCACCAGCACUGAUUCUGCAGACAGUGAGGAGAAUUAUGUGGCAAUGCAAAACCCAGUGUCUACCUCCCCAGCGAUGAGUGGUACCAACAGUCCUGCGCCCAGGAAUUGUGGUAAUGUGGACUAUUUGGCCCUGGACUUUCAGCCUGGCUCCCCUAGUCCACACAGAAAGCCGUCCACCUCUUCAGUGGCCUCAGAUGAAAAAGUGGACUACGUCCAAGUGGACAAAGAAAAGACACAAGCCCUUCAGAACACCAUGCAGGAGUGGACAGAUGUGCGACAGUCAAGCGAGCCGGUUAAAGGCAUCAAGUCCUGAUGAUUUUCAAAUGUUCACAUUGAAUGUGUUCCUCCCUGUCACUCAAAAUGCUCUUAUACUGUUACACCAUGAUAUAAACUGACUUACCUGUGACAAAAUAGCGAAUGAUACACCAACUAAAGCCAUAGAUCCAGUUCAUUUGGUCUUUUGAGGACAAAAAACUCCACUGAACCUCCUAGACUGUCUUGCCAUGCAUGUUAGACAUGUUUAACUUUUCAAAGUGCAAUGCAACCAAAAUUUAGCAACUUGCUCUCUCUGAGUGUGAGCGAAGAACCAUAAGCAGUGAAUAUUUAAAUCUAGUUAUAGGUGACGUGUGCAGUUUUUUCAAUGUUAAAGUACUUUCAUCACAUCUUAAAAUUCAGAGAAAGCUUGAAAUCCAUUUGAUUUCUUUCAUUUGAUUCCCCCAGAAAAGUGUAAACACUGUGACUCUAUCAAAACAUAGCUCUGUUGGUUUUUUGCAUCCUGACCACCCUGACAAAGCAACACUGGCUCAACCAAUGCCAUUAGUUUUGGACAGGACUGUCUGACCAAUGGCAUACAGGAAAUACAUACCAAUGGAGUGUUCAGGAAACCUGUUUGAAACUCAACAUUUUUAUCUGUUUAGUGGCACUAGUUGCGCAGAAAUGACACACCUCACCUUUAACAGUAUUAUAAGGGCAAAACAGCACUUCAAACAGAAGAUUUUCUGAAUUCAUGGUGGUCUGCCUGCCGAAUUGAAUUGCAGUUUGUCCUGUAUUUCAGCAAAAGAGAGAAGGUCACUUUUUUUCCAAUUUUGAGUUAAGGAAUGUAGAAAAAGUUUGAAAAAGUUCCUUGUAGUUUUGACAUUAAAAAUCGAUUGUUUUCACACUUCUCUGACAGUUGCUCAUAUAAAUUUCGGCUUAUAUGUGAAUGCAAACCCAGACCUUUUUAAAGUGAACCAAAUACAGAUCAUCUCAAGAGGAGGUCUGUGUAUGGAUGCUUAUAAGAUGCAUUGUAAAUACAAAGUUCACACACAACCACAAAAGUCAAAUUUUGAUCUUUAAAAAAAAAAAGUUCAUACAAAAAAUUUAAUUGCCAUUUAAUUCCAAUUAUGUUUCUUUUACAUGUAACACAAAGGGAGUUAUCUAGUGAAAUGUCCAAGUGGCUCUUUUUCAUACACUGGAAGUAAGGAGUUUCAAAGGAGUUUGGAUAUUUUGCUUUAUAAGACCUUUGUUGUUCCACGUAUGGAUGUCGCCAAUAUACCAGUAUUAAUAAAAAUGAUAUAUGCAUGUUACUACUCCAGAUAGUUGCACCUUAAGGGUCCGUUCACACAGAAUGCGUCUUUGCAUAUCUAAAAAAAAAACAAACGUGAUGCAGUGCUCAAGAAUCAUUUACAUAAAAAAUGCACAUUGCAGAACGCGAGGGUCUCGAGAUGUGCUUUUAAGACUUGAUGCAAUAGCAGUUAAAUACAAAGCUCUGAUUGGUCCACUGUUUUGGAACUGACAUUGAAGAGUGGCACUGCUAGUAAAAGUUAAAAUUCUUUGACAUGGCUUGUGCGAGAUGCUGCCAAAGAUGCAAGACGCAAGCACAAUGGCCAUACACUUCCAUCUAGCACAUUUACAUAGAAAAACAAUGGAAAAUAAGGGCAUUGGAAUGGAAAAACACAUUCUGUGUGAACGGCCCCUAACACUGAUUGCCACCUAGUCAUAGCAAAGCAAAAAUUUUGCUUGCCAAUAAGGGAGUUUUUUGCUAGACACCCCAGUCUGGAGGAAGUGGCAAUCUACAGUCUUUGUACGCUAUUGUCUCUCUGCCUCCCUACACUAUUUUGAAUGUGAUUUAAUGGCCAAAAAAGAGAAAAUGUAUUAUAUCACCAUAAUCGUGUAGUAAAAAUAUGACAUUUUGACAACCUAAGGGCCCUUUCACACCAAGGACAAUAACUAUUAUGACAACUAUAAUGAUAACUUUUUAUCUUUAUAGUUUUACAAAGUUUUAAUAAAUCAAUGAGAAUAAAUGUGAAUGGAAGUCUACACCACAACUACAAUGAUAACGGCACAAAAAACAGUAUUGUUGGGAUCACUUUUUUCCUGCCAAGGAAAUAAAAACACUGACAGCAAAUCAAAAUCCACCCAACUUUGAAGAGCGUGAGCAUUUAAAGUGGCGGAUGAAGUUACUGCAGUAUGCAUUAUAAUAAAGAGAACAUUAUUGUUCGUUAUAUAGUUAUCAUUAUAGUUAUCGUUAUUGUUAUCAUUCUUGGUGUGAAUGGGCCUUUAGUUGCACAUAAGAAAAAGUCCUACAGGUUAAAGUUGACAAUAUAAGGGUGAGGAAAGAAUGGUUCUGGAUCCUCCUAAACUAAACUUUUCAAUCCAGCAGCAUGUACUAACUAACAGACCUUCUCCUUUUAGCUUGACAAAUAUGCACUUCAAUGUAUUCAGUGGGUAGUUCUUUACUCUGCAUGCAGUCUGAACAGGGAUAUUGACCAUUUUUCCCUAAAACACAUUGCUUCCCUGGCUAUCAUUAUGGAAUAGGUUAGAGCAAACUUACAUAUUCAAAAAUAACAGUAAAUGAUCUAUUCAUAUACUAAUAAAAACAUACUGUCCUUAAUGUGGUUUUGUUAGAGGGGAUGCAUAGACAGUUAAAUUUGCUCACAUUUAUCAUCAUUUUAAAUGUUAUACUUUGCUCUCAGGGCAGUUUGAAUUGUUUUACUAAACUUAUUACAACAAAAGGCUUCCAAAUAUAAACUGUUCCUAGUUUCAGCAAACUGGCUGGUUAAUAUGAGCAGCUGUAGCUGUAAAUCAGCCGUGCUUUAUGCCUGUUGAGAUUAGCAGAAGGACUCUUACAUGGAGUGUGUUGUUUUUGUGAUAGACACCUUAUAAGGUGUUUUUUUUUUGUUUUGUUUUGUUUUUUUUUUGGGCUGGACUACCUGUUUUCUGAACAAUGUUGGAUGUGGAGUGUAAUGAAGGGGCACAGAAAUGACACACUUCACUGUAAAACUGUGACAUAGGGUUUUUUUCAUGGUAACAAUGAUUCAACUGUGGAGAGUUCUAUUAAAACACUGUUUUGUUGGACAACAGUGCCAAUUAUUCAGAAAUUAGUAUGAUGAUAUUUCUUUCAGCAGCCUAAAUGCGUGAAAAUAGGAUAAUAUUAGCAUCAUUUUUGGUAAAGGAGAUAUGCUAGAAAUGUUACUAUAUUUAAAUGUGUGCUUGCUCAAGUUUAGAGGUAAAAAGGCGCCAUAUUCAGUUUGAAAUCAAAGUAGCCUAUUAUUAAUUUUUAAUAAUAAAAAAAAAGACUAGAAUUUGUCAUUUCACUCAGUAUUUUAUGGCGGGCUGGGACCUCCAAAUACUCCAUUUCUAGCAUUGUGGGAGAUGUUUUAUUUGCCUUUUAACUCAUCAUUUCAUAUUCCAAGACCAUUUUGUAUUACUUUACAUACGAGGUUGUAAGUGGUCUGGACUUGUUAAAUACACUUGCGUAGAUUGUCUGUUAGAUUCAAAUCCUUUCAUGUGUUCGGUGGAUUAUUUAAAAAUGUGCUUUACAAGUAUGUCAUUAUUUUAUGAUGUUAAACUUUGUGGGACAUUUAGUGGCACUGGCAUUGGCCUUUACCAGUUCAUUAACAUUUAAGUGAACUUACAGGCUAAAAGUGGUUUCUUAAUGUCUUUUUCUAUUCUCAAAAUAUGUCAUGUAUUGUAAUGGGAGAGUACCAGUAAAUGAAUAUAAUACUUGUGUGUGAGCUGUAGUAGAAUUUAUGCUGUAAUUUGUUAAAGGGUCAAAGAGGGGCAGACCAGAAAAUCUACUUUGACAAAUGUCAUUAAUUGAGUGGAUUUUUCUGUAAAGCAUUUCUGUUCAACUCUUGGUUGCUUGUAAAUUAAUUUAUUAAUUUAUUAUGUGUUUUGCAGGUGGACGAAAGAUGUACAAAGAAUGAACUUGUGGCUCUACUAAGAUUAAUUUAUGCUAUUUGUGCUGAUUUUGUGAAGCAGUAUGCCAAGCAAAGCCAGUAAAAUGGUCAAAUGUGGUACAUUUGAGAUGUCUGUCCUUUGUCAUGUUGUUCUAUGAUAUGCUUAAAAAGUUGACCAAAAUAAUUUCAACUGCAGAAAAAAAUAAAACCCAUUUUAUCAAACAGAGUAAACAA